AUGGUGGACCACAAGGAUACAGACUCUGAUAAGAAAUUGGUCGAUAAUUUUGUGAAACAUGCUACCACACAUAAUCGAGUGUUAGAAGAAGAAUACUGUUGGCGAGAAAUAAAACGACGUUAUAAAAAAUCAAAUGAUUCUCGUGAUCGAUCACCUGUAUCAAAUUAUAAACAAUCUGAACAAGAACUUGAUGCCCUUGAACGAGCGCUACGUGCAGAGGCUAAACGCAAAUUAGAAUUACAAGCUACACGUUCAUUGCCAAGUGCUGCUGGUGGACCGAAUGCUAAAGAAUUUUGGCGUACAUUGGCGCGUCGACAUUGUGACACUGGUCGUUGGGGUCAUGAUGGUUGGGAAGAAUUACAGAAUGAAGGUCCAAUACCUUUUAGACGAUCUAAUACUACUACUGCUGCUGCUGAUAAUUAUGAUAGUGUAAAGGUGAAGUCAGCAACUUCAGCACCCUUAACACCAAAACUACCAUAUCAGUAUACGGCAGAAAAGGAAACAAAAGAACAAGAAGUUAAAAAGCCAAAGAAAAAAGCUAAACAUAAAAUAUCUCAUUCUAAAUCAAAACGAAAACAUGCUAAAAGAAAGCGUAAAUCUAAAUUGAAAAAGGCUAAAAAGUUGAAGAAAAAGAAGGGUAAGUCGACGAAAGCGCGUUCCCCAUCUUCAUCCUCGUCCUCCUCCUCCUCCUCCUCAUCAUCAUCUACGUCUUCAUCAUCGUCACCAUCAUCAUCGUCGUCGUCUUCGCGUGCCUCUUCUCCCUCUCCUUCAUCAGCGUCGUCAACAACAAGUUCCAGUGGAUCAGACGAUGAAGUUGAAUGGCAAGAAUUAAAAGUGCAGCAAUCCUGUCCAUAG